UGCUGGGGAUUCCAGGCUAGGAGGCAGAUCUGCAGAGUUCUUUUGGUCCCUGUCUGUCCAGGACAGUGCCCAGCAGCACAAGCCGCCCAUGGGCACUGCCCUGUGCUGUGCGGGUCCCCAUGGGAGGCACUCAGGGCAAGCAGCUGCCUUGCAGGCCCAGUCUGCCCUGAGCCCUGGGGCUGGCUUGGUCAGCUUCCCCUGCCAUUAGCCCCCUCAGUGGGGACACAGGGGGCUCCCCGAGGAGCUCCAGGCUCCAAGUCCCAGCCCCUCUAGGAGGAGGCGGUGGCCAAGGCUCAGCAGCCAGAGGCUUCUCAGCUCGGAGCUCCAGAGCCAGAUGUAACAUUGACCUUAAAUGGUAAAAGCUCCCCAGAGUGAAGAGAGGCUGGCCAGAAGAGGAAAGGGGAAUAACUCAGUUUUAGGGCCCUCACACUGCAGAAAUAUCCUGCAGUCCACCUACCAUCAUCCUGACUGGGGAGGCCAGUUCACCAGAAGGAGAAACUGAUAAAAACCUAGUCAACAGAGCUCACAGUCCCCAUAGGAGGCUUUCUCACCGAAACUUGAAGGUUUCCACUGUUUCGCUGACUUCUGUGGACCCUGCAGGGCACAUUAUUGACCUGGUACAUGACCAGCUGCCAGAUAUCAGCAUCUCAGAGGAGGACAAAAAGAAAAACCUGGCACUGCUGGAAGAAGCCAAGUUGGUGAGUGAACGAUUCCUGACUCGCCGCGGGAGGAAGUCCAAGAGCUGCCCCGGAGACUCCCAAUCAGCUGUUGCCUUGAACCUCAGCCCCGGAGCUUCUCCCGCAUCCUCUCAAAGCAACUCGCUUACUGUUCCCACGCCGCCUGGUUUGGAUGCAUGCAGUGGCCCAGAGUCUCCUUUGCUUGGAGCACCACCACAGCAGAAGGGGGAUGAGGCCGAAGUCUCUUCACCUCAUCUUGGCGAGCCUAAGAAUGUCUCCAAAGGGCUAGCUGACCGGAAGCAGAAUGACCAGAGGAAAGUGUCUCAGGGCAGGCUGACUCCUCGUUCUCCCACAACUGAGAAGUCCAAAGAAAUUGCAAUUGAACAAAAGGAAAACUGUGAUCCCCUCCAGUGCUCUGAGGCCACACACAAGGGCUCAGCUUCCAGCAUAGGCAGUGGUGGGAAAAUGGCCUUGAAUAGCCCUCAGCCUGGUCCUGCUGAAAAUGACCUGGGAAAGGUGCUUCUGAAGACGGCCAGGGAGGGCAACCCUCUGCCUAGAGGUCCAGCCCAGGGUUCUGGAGGGGCAGCUCCCCUGGCCCCCCAGGAAAAAGGUACAGCUGGAGAGCCGACAGGGUCAAAGUUUGGCUCCAAAGCUGAGCUGCGGUCCCCUGCUUCUCGGCCACCCCUAUUGAGGGGGGUCUCCUGGGACAGUGGUCCUGAAGAACCUGGCCCCCGGCUGCAGAAAGUGCUUGCCAAGCUGCCUCUGGCAGAGGAAGAGAAGCGUUUUUCGGGCAAAGCUGGCAGCAAGAUGGCCAAGGCACCUGGACUCAAAGACUUUCAGAUACAAGUGCAGCCAGUGAGGAUGCAGAAACUGACUAAGCUCCGAGAGGAGCACAUCCUGAUGAGAAAUCAGAACUUAGUGGGGCUCAAGCUUCCAGACCUUAGCGAAGCAGCUGAGCAGGAAAAAGGGCUCCCUUCUGAACACUCCUCAGGUAUUGAGGAAGAUGAGUCAAAGAGUGGCUUGGAUGUCAUGCCCAAUAUUUCUGACAUGCUGCUGCGCAAACUGCGGGUCCACAGAUCUCUUCCUGGAAGUGCCCCUCCGCUCACUGAAAAGGAAGUUGAGAACGUGUUUGUACAACUGUCCUUGGCCUUUAGAAAUGACAGCUACACUCUGGAAUCUAGAAUUAACCAGGCUGAAAGGGAACGUAACCUGACAGAAGAGAACACAGAGAAGGAACUGGAAAACUUCAAAGCUUCCAUUACGUCCUCAGCUUCACUAUGGCACCACUGUGAGCACCGGGAAACCUAUCAGAAACUGCUGGAGGACAUUGCUGUCCUGCACCGCUUGGCUGCCCGCCUCUCCAGCCGAGCUGAGAUGGUGGGGGCCGUCCGCCAGGAAAAGCGUAUGUCAAAGGCAACAGAGGUAAUGAUGCAGUAUGUGGAGAAUCUGAAGAGGACGUAUGAGAAGGACCAUGCAGAGCUCAUGGAGUUUAAAAAACUUGCAAAUCAGAAUUCAAGCCGCAGCUGCGGCCCCUCUGAAGAUGGGGUCCCUCGAACAGCGCGGUCCAUGUCCCUCACACUGGGAAAGAACAUGCCCCGUCGAAGGGUCAGUGUUGCAGUGGUUCCCAAGUUUAAUGCCCUGAACAUGCCUGGCCAAUCUUCCAGCUCAUCACCCAUCCCCUCCUUACCAGCCCUGUCAGAAUCAACCAAUGGGAAAGGCAACCUACCUGCCACCUCAGCACUGCCUGCACUUUUGGAAAAUGGAAAGACAAAUGCAGACCCAGAUUGUGAAGCCUCUGCUCCCAUGCCAACUUUGAGCUGUGUGGAUAUUAGCCAGGAGACCACGGCCAGGAUGGAGGAAGAAGCUUACAACAAGGGAUACCAGGAAGGUCUAAAGAAGACCAAAGAGCUUCAAGACCUGAAGGAAGAGGAAGAAGAACAGAAAGGUGAGAGUCUUGAGGAAGCUGAAGAGGCAGAAGAAACUGAGGAAGAGGAAAAGAACCAAAGAAGCAGCAAACUUGAAGAAUUGGUUCAUUUCUUACAAGUCAUGUAUCCCAAACUGUGUCAGCACUGGCAAGUCAUCUGGAUGAUGGCCACAGUGAUGCUGGUCUUGACUGUUGUGUUGGGACUCUACAGUUCCUAUAACUCUUGUGUGGAGCAGGCUGAUGGGCCCCAUGGGAGAUCAACUUGCUCGGCAGCCCAGAGGGACUCGUGGUGGAGCUCAGGACUCCAGCAUGAGCAACCUGCAGAGCAGUAGGAAACCUGACACCCAGUCAGUGCCCUGCUCCAGCACAUAGCUGACUGCUCUUUUCCCAAGCAUAUGUUUCAGGCCAGUUGUGGGCAUGCUGGCACCAGCCUAUCAGGAAAUAAGCAGGGUUCUUUCAUACUCAGCAACCGUGUGGGAGCUAUGCAUACACAGUAACUGAUGUUUUUGGAGGAUCAACAAAACUGUCCUGGGAACACUUCUGGCGGAUGAAGUCACUUUCACCAAGGAACUCUAACAGAAGGGAAAGUCAUCUGCCCCUAGCUCAGAUGGCAGGGGGAAAUAAAACACCUUCACUGCAGAAAACAGUAAGCAGUUCACUCUCCCUCCCCUUUUUCCUCUCUGUAGUCAGAAAUCAAGAAGAAUUAUGCCCAAAGGCUAACUCUGACCUUGAGGAUCAGACCUAGAAUUUGGAGUCAACAUGAAUAUCAUCCCAUUUCCCAUCUCAUUCUCACUGACUCUUCUUCAGCCUCCCUGCCUCCCCUUUGGAACCAGAGUUUCUCUUUACAGAAGUAGGGAAGGUUUCUCAGAAAAAUAUUUAGGCUGAAUUUAGAUCAGUGCUUGAAAUGAAAUGGGAAGAUGUGAGUUAACAUAUAUGCAUCUGUAUGCACACACAGCACACACAUACACACAGCAUGCAUGUGCAUGAAGCCAACAACCCUCCAGACGUGUGCUCUAGGUGUGUGUUCUGGAUAAAACAACCCACAGAUUUUUCACUAGGUGUGGGGCAGUCACCAGGCACCUGUUCAAUGAGCUCUCCACAUUGAUUUAAGAUGUUUGAAGACACUGAAAACUCAUGGCUGCAACAGUGAACUUGCUGGUCGCCAUUUCAAGUGCUAAUUCUAAGCUGUUGUACAACAGUCUAUUCCCUAUUUGUCCUCUACCAUUGAGAACCCACCUCUCAUGUGUGAUUUCAGCCCUCGUGUACCCACAACCACAUGUGCAGUUGCACCUUAGUGCUUCAGUUCAAAUGGGUUUUCCAACCCAAGUACACAUUUCAGAGCAUUCUAAUUGUUCAGCAUAAAACUGAGGGAGCACAUCCCAUUUCCAAUUUGACUUCUUGCUCCACCUUUACAGCCACUGCCUUCAUUCAUCCCUUAUCCGUUUUGAGGGGUGUUGGUUUCUUGUGGGUUUUAUUGUUCUGCUCUUGUUUUUGUUUUGUUGUUGAUGUUGUUUGUUUUGUUGCUAACACUCAUAUAGAACUUACUAUGAGCCAAACACUGUUCUAUGUAUUAUAUAGGUAUUAAUUCAUUUAAUCCUCAAAAAAAAAAAAAAAGAAGAAAAGAAAAGAAAAAACAAUGAGGUGGGUACCACCCUCCCCAUUUUCAGAUAAGGAAACUGAAGCACAAAAAAACACAACUAACUUGCCAAGGACAUCCAGUUAGUAAAUUAUGGGCCUGGAACUCAUAUCCAGGCAGACUGGCCCCUGCACAAAAUUGCCUUUUCCAAUGGUCUCCUAACUGCAUGCCUUAUGUUUCACUCCCACUUCCCCAAGUAGCCCUCCAACCACUCCAAACUAUUUCUGGUUCCCAGACUAAACUGUUUUCUCAUAGUUCUGUUCCUCCACUCACUAGUUUUUCUUUUGCCAUUCUCCUCUUUUCUGCUGGUCACCCUUCAGGACCAAGUGCAAAAAUUAUCCCUGACGCACAGGCUUUGAUGACUUCCCUCCAACUUCCUACCAUACCCCACAUAAUAGGUUACACCCUCCUCUGCUGACACUUUUUAAACAUCUUCAUUAUUUACUGUUGUGACAGUAUAUCACAAUGACUUAUUUAAGUGUCUGUCUCCCUAUUUUUCCUCAAAGACAAGAACCAUAUCUUACCCAUUCUCUGGGAUAAGUACCUAGCAUGAUGGCUGCUGAUGCAUGGGAGGGUGUUAUUAAAUGUUGAUCAAAAGAACAAGUGAGCAUUCAAGGUUGUGGAGAGUAGCCUGGGGAAGCUGACAUUUUGCAUACCUCCCAGUUCUAGCACCAUCAUUGCCACUAUCUCAGUGAGAAAAAUAACAUCUUUAUUAGCUUCAAUUUAUUCUAAUAUUUUUCAGUCUACUCUGUGAGAGAGCAGAAAUGAGACCUAACUAGCAACACAAUUUCCAAGCUCAAGUACUGGGCUUGAUGCAACCACUCCUUUCAGAAAGACCCACCUAGAUCAGCCCUACUAUAAAACAGCAUGCUGUUGUUGCAGAGGGGGAGGGGGUGGGGAGCAGGGGCGGGGAGGGUAAUGGCAUCCUUUACAGUGACUAAAAAAACCACUGUGGGAGAAGCCCAAGCCAGGGUUGACCAAGAAAGUGCCAUUAAGGUAAAGAGGUGUAGAUCAAAGCAGAGGGACUUUGGGGAUUUGGAUGGAUGGUUUUCCCUGCCUAUUCCAGGGGGACUGGACACACUGAAAAAUCUUUUAGGCCCUCAGAGCCACAGACACGAUGCAAAUGGAGCUCCAGAGACAGUAGCUGUGGGGCAGGACUCUAUACUGGCAAUGUCCAGUCUUAGCCUCCCUUAUAGAAGGACCAGGCUGAACUGGCCCAUUGUCCACUUGGCCACAGGGUUCCAACCUUUGUUACCAAUUAAAACAAAGGUCAGGAGAACAGCUACAGUGAGCUCCUGAACCUCCAGCUGCUCCACAGAAAAACCUUCAAGAGUACUUCCAGACAUAGGCCCUCACCCAAAGUGCUCUAUGAGUAAGAGAGGUUGAAGAAAAGAACUGUAAGAGUAACCACAUUUCCAAGGGCAUUCCUGAAAAAGUACUCACUGGCAUUUCUUUUUUGAAAAGCAAAGAUCGAUCUGAAGCAGUUGGAAUGUUUCCAAAGCAGCAAUGAAAUGGAGAGAAAUGGCCCCUGUAUUUCCAAUGGUGAUAUUGAUCUAAAAUAAAAAUUCCCCUCAAAAUGUCUCUGAAGUCUGACAUUUCUGCUUAGCCCUAGGACUCUGGGUGCCUACCUUGAGUUUCAGAGUGAUGUGUUGUUUGUGUCAUUUUUGUUAUCACUUCUUAAAAGGGCCUUCACUUUCUGGCUACCACAAAAUCCUGUGUACAGCCUGGAAGAGUAAAUGGAGAGGGAGAUGCUGGAUUUAUGUAUAACUGACUGUCAGUUCCUAAUGUUAAACCUCACACAGGUGUGCUAGCAUUAAACUACAGAGUGUCACAUACCUGAGUUUGAAAAUAAAAGCACCUUUCCAAACCUUU